UUUAACAUUAAGCACUCCCAGCAAGCUGAUCAGAGAAGCAAUGGCAAGAACUACUAAAAUGAGUAUGAAAGAGCUGUCGGACACGGAUGACCUGGCGACCUGUUUGGUGCUGGACCCCCUGCUUGGUUUCAAAACUCACAAAAUGGAAAUCAGUCCUCUACCAAAGAUUCCUUUGGAAUCUUGUGAUCAACUUAAAGAGAAGCUGGUGAAAUUCCAACGCACCUUGGACUUUAAUACAACAUUCGAGGAGCUGGGCAAACUGGCUGGGGAAUGUUUCCAUUCCAUGGGAAGACAUCAGCAGGAGCUAUUGAGGCAACACAUCUCUCGUUACCUCAAAGCCUUUCUAUUAGACAGUGGAGUGAAAAUUGAGUCUUGCGACCGGUACACGUCAGAGAUCAAUGGAGCCAAAAUUACAUCCACACGGCAAUGGCUGCAAGGACAGCGUGUCGCAGUCCUGGUGGGCUGUAUUGCAAGAUUGACUCCUGAUGAUGAAGCAUUACUGAAGGAGGGAGUGAACGACUUCAGUAUUAUUUUUUCGUCUAGAAAACACUGCCCUCAGCUGUGGCUUGGGCCUGCAGCCUUCAUAAACCAUGAUUGCAGCCCGAACUCUAAGUACGUUGCUGGUGAGGGUAACGUUGCUUACGUGGAAGUUAUUCGUCAGAUCUCACCUGGGGAAGAAUUCACCUGUUGUUAUGGAGCCAGCUACUUCGGGGAAGAAAAUGAAACCUGUGAGUGCUGCACCUGCGAGAGCAAUGGAGAGGGACAUUUCAGAAAAAGAGACCCCCCUAAACCACCUACCGCUCAAAGAAAAUACCGGGUUUCCAAGAUGGAGCGAGCACCUCUAAUGAAGGACGCCAAGAGGGCCGCCAUCGUCCUGGAACUCUCAGCACUGCGGCAGUCCAGCCCCGAAAUUCCUAUGGUCUCAUCAUUGGACAGAACCGCUCCUGAGGAACUUGAAAAGAUACUGGAGGACUACAAGAAGUUUCGCCUGGGGCCAAGAGUCGGAAAGAAAGAUCUGGACAAUGCCCAUCAGGCAUCGAGUCAUGCCCAUCGAUUCUGCCUGUUCAUGGCUGCUGGCCUGCCAAUGGCCAUCACACCUGCUGAAAAAGGGGUAUGCGCCAACCACGAUCAGGAAUAUGAUCAAUAA